AUGGGCAAGAAGCGCGACAGAGACUCCCUCAGCAAAGAGGACGCCAAGCGCGACCCCGACGCCAUGGACGAAGACAGCUCCUCCGAUGAAGACUUCGACAUCGUCAACGUCGACUUCGAAUGGUUCAACUUCGACCCCACAAUCGACUUCCACGGCACCAAAACCCUCCUCCGCCAACUCCUCGACGUCGACAGCCCCCUCUUCGACACCUCCGCCCUCGCCGACCUCAUCCUCUCCAACACCGCCGUCGGCUCCACCGUAAAAGUCGACGGGAAAGAAACAGACGCCUACGCACUCAUAACCGCCCUCCCCCUUUCCUCCCAGCGCGCGAAACACACAGCCCUCGACGCUCUCGCCGAGUACAUAGCUUCCAAGGCGGCGGCUUCGCCCGCGACGGCGCCCGUGGCGCAGAUUCUGGAAAAGGACGCCAAGGCGGACGUUGGGCUCGUCGUUAGCGAAAGGCUGAUUAACAUGCCCUCGGAGGUGGCGGGGCCGCUGUACGCUAUGCUCGUCGAUGAGCUGGACGAUGCCGUUUCCGAAUCGGAGCCGUACGAUUUCUCACAUGUGAUUGUUUUGUCGAGGGUAUAUCGCGAAGUCCUACCCGAUCCGGAAGUCCGCGAACAGGAAGAAGGCGACGAGAGGCGGAGGAAGACGAAGAAGCAGAAAGGAGGGGCCGCGGCGACGCAGGCGGGAGGAGAAGGGGAGGUGUUUUAUUUUCAUCCCGAAGAUGAGGUGUUUAUGAGGUUUGCCGAGGCGAAGGGGUCGUUUGCUUUUACGAAGGAGGGGGAGGCUGUUGCGGAUAGUAAGAGGGCGUUUCAGGAUUUGGGCGUCAAGACGGAGGGGUUCGUUAUGCUUUUUACUAGGGACAAGUUUAGGGAGGGGGUUAAGGCUGUUGGGGAAUUUUUGAAGGGGUCGUCGUAA